ACUUACACUAAAACGCUAAAGAGGUCGCUGGCAUGUGAGCGAGUGCCAGUCAGGAAAUACGUACAGAGAGAGAGAGAGAGAGAGAGAUGGAAGAUAACAAUGGAAGUAGAAAGCUUUGUGGGAGAAUUGUAAUGGAAGAAGAAAACCCAUUUUGAAUUUGUUAAUAGGGAGGGAGGGGGGUUUAUAAAGAUUGGAUUUUGGAGAGUUUUAAUGAAGACAGAAGGAGGUGAUCCGGCGCCGGCGCCGGCGGCGAAGGAGUUGAAGGAGGAGUUGCAGAGGGCGGUGAAGGCAAUAGUGAGCGAGGAUGACGUCAAUGCGGAGGUCAUUGAUAGAGCCCAGCAAGCCCUAUGCGCCUUAAGAGGCCUCCACCAUUUUCCGGCGGAGUUCCGGUGCCCACUUUCCGGCGAACUCAUGAAGGACCCCGUCGUUAUUGCUUCUGGCCAGACUUAUGACAGACAAUUCAUUCAGAAAUGGUUAAAUUCUGGGAAUAGGAUAUGCCCACAGACACAACAGAUGCUCUCACAUACUAUUCUUACACCUAAUCACUUGAUUAGGGGAAUGAUAUCAAAGUGGUGCAAGGCUAAUGGGAUAUGGCUGCCUGAUCCUGUUCACGAGGAUGGCGUUACAGACGCUGAUCGCGACCAUUUCCUCGUGUUGCUCGAGAAGAUGUCUUCGAGUUUGUGUGUGCAGAGGAGUGCAGCGAGAGAGCUGCGGUUGUUGACGAAGAGAAUGCCAUCGUUCAGGGCGUUGUUUGGGGAGUCGAUGGGAGCCAUACCGAAGUUGCUGUCCCCUUUGUCUCGAGGCGAGAAUUGGAGUGAUGUGCACCCUGAUCUCCAAGAGGAUAUAAUCACGACGAUCUUGAACCUCUCGAUCCAUGACAGUAACAAGAAGCUCGUUGCAGAGACCCCGAGGGUGAUUCCUGUUCUGAUUGAUUCGUUGAGGUCGGGGGUGAUUGAGACGAGGAGCAAUGCAGCUGCUGCCAUCUUCACGCUAUCAGCUCUAGACUCCAAUAAGGCGCUUAUUGGGAAAUCGGGUGCCCUGAAGCCUCUUAUUGACCUCUUAGAAGAAGGGCAUUCUUUGGCGAUGAAAGAUGUUGCUUCAGCCAUUUUCAUUCUCUGUGUUCUCCACGAAAACAAGGCGAGAGCUAUCAGAGAUGGGGCGGUUAGAGUCCUGGUCGAAAAGAUUAUGAACAAAGUUCACGUUGAUGAACUACUAGCCAUCCUCGCUAUGCUGUCUAGCAACCAUAGAGCAAUCGAGGAAAUGGGAGAGCUCAGGGCAGUCCCAUCCCUGCUUAGUCUAAUCAGGGAGACAUCUUGUGCCCGUAACAAGGAGAACUGCAUCGUUAUCCUGUAUGCAAUCUGUUCUGCUGAUCGCACCAGGUUGAAGGAGAUCAAGGACGAGGAGAGUAGCUACGGGACAAUCUCCCAGCUCGCUCAAAAUGGCACUUCACGAGCCAAGAGGAAGGCUAGCGGGGUUCUUGAUAGACUCAACAGGGGAGUCGGUUUCAUCCACACUGCAUGAUGAAGCAGAUGGAGCACAAUCAGCACACACAAUCUGUACAUUCUUCGCCUUUUGAGGCUCUCUGCAAUCUUCGCUCUGUAUAUUCCAUCUAGUCGAGGUUUUAUAAAUAACAUCCCGCAACCAAUAUCAUAUCAUCAGUUCAUUCGUUUCUCUAUAAGCUUGAGAAGCAACUGUUUGAAUUUGAAAUUGCUUCUUCGUCUACUUGGAAGUUGAAAUAAAGCAGCAUGUUCCCGGUUUUCCAAAGAGUGUGAUUCCAUUGUGAAAUUUAUUAUUACUGCAAAUAUCUCCGUUUUGUUUAGUGCAGUUGCAGUGUUGAGGGCCACACGGCUCUCAGGGCGACGAAUCCUUCCAACUUCUUUGCUGGCUACUGUGUGGGUGACCUUUGUUUGGGCAUUAGAAGAGUCAAAACAUCAUUGCCACUAUCUAUAUCAGGUCCAGGGAUGAAUGAAUGGGGUUAGAAUAACAGCCAGCAAGUAGGAUGGUGCUCUGAUUCCUACUAGUGUGGUCCUUCCAAUGUGAGCCAUGUCAGGUUAGAAUGUAUCUAUCAUUCAAACAUCUGGCUAGACCACAACUGCAAAGCCAGAGGAUCGAUUCUUGUAUAUGUGUGUAUAUGUCAAAAGUGCUUCAGAUCAGUCUUUUUACGGAGUAAGAGUCAAAAGUGCUUCAGAUCAGUCGUUUUACCGAGUAAGAGUCAAACUCGCUCUACAGAUACGAUCCGGACCAAACUCAGAUCAGUCUCACAUAGCAGAGAUAUCGAGUGUUAUACGCUGAUACAAAAAUAUCUGGCAAGACACCACCCCCACCCCUACCCCAUCCAUCCUACCUAUUGGAGCAAUCACACUUGAUUUCUAGUGGGAUAUCUGCUUUUUCUUAUCAUCAUUGUACUAAUCAAGUGGUGGACAAUCAAGUGACUCAUGGUCAUAUCAGCAGUGUGUUGUAAAGAGGAAAUAUGAAUCCUAGAAUUUAUGUAUGAAGCUUUUGUUUGUUUGGUUCCAUGUAA